AUGCCGUUUUGGGAAGGAGCCCUGAUCGACGCCUAUUGGCGGACGGGGCAGGUGGGGCAUACAUCUUAUGCCUCAUUCUCCUUGGAUUCGGACAAAUUCUUCUCCAAAUAUUCCUUCAGUCUACGCAGGGGGCAGCAAAAUCAUGGACCGCUAGUCGAUCGAUUUGCUUAUCAGAUAUAUCUGAAGGUGCCCUGCCUCUUUGAGCCUAUAGCUUUGCUCUCGGUCUUCAAAGGUCGCACUGGAGAGUCGCGCGAUAAGCAAGCCGCAGUAGAGCGAUGCGAUGUCGAGCUACAUGAUUCGCCGGAUCAGACAGAAUGCAGGUUACUCAUACAAAUGAUAUGUGGUCAGGGCGUCGUAAAAUCCUAUAAACUGACCUAUGAGCCUGUCGCUGUGCAGCACGCGCUAUUUGAUCAAUCGCGCGUGCGGAAUCAAUGGAAAAUCGAAGCCAAGAUUCUGCGAGAAAUCAUUGACCACUUCAGUCCGUCUGCAGAGCAACUAGAUAUUUAUCCUGAUACAGGAAAGGCGAUUUUUACUAGCUUUACUAAUAAAAUCAGUGAUGGGAAGGAAAUCCUGAAACAACCGGUUCAUACAUCCGUGGCCAUCGACAAAAAAGAUUUUGACGAAUUUAUAGUCAGGGAUGGUCUGCAUAUUGCCAUCAAUGUCAAAGACUUCAAAGCCGCAGUCAUCCAUGCAGAUAGCAUAAAAACGGCCAUCACAGCACGUUACACUCGGCCCUGUCGGCCUUUACAACUAGUUUACACAUCAGACGAUGGAAUUGACUCUGAGUUCACACUUAUGACGCGUGGGGAGGUUGACGAAAAGGACAACGAUGAUGAUGACGGUGUCUCUAGACCAGCCUCGCAGCUUUCUGCUAGGCCAUCUGCUCGACGUGCAGCAGUAACAUCCGAACCAACAGCCAGCCAGGCUGUCGCUACUUCAUCUGCAGCAGCAGCAGCAAAGGCUUCCAUGCCACCGCCACCGCCGCCACCGUCGAGCCGACCUCCCGUAGUUCAGCCAUUGUCAUCUCACAGAUCGGAGUUAUUAUCAAGUGCUGCAUCUAGGGCGGCACUGGUAGAUAUUAAAGAUAGCCUUUUUGUGCCCGCGGAUGAUGACAGGCAGUGGGAUGAACAGUUGUAUGAGGAGGAGGAAGCGCAGGAUAUUCUGGGCUGGGAUUCAACUAUUGAGCCGGGAGCAUAUCAUGAAGGCCGUCCAAGGCCUCUAAGGGAUGAAUAUCCAACUGUUCCAUCUGAAGCACAAAACGCCGGCAAUGAUGAGACUGGUAUUCCGCCGACGCAGCCCAUGUCACAGAUACGAAAAUUGGGUCUUUUCGAUUGA